GCGUCGCCGCACCACGCCCGGCAUGCGUCGCGGCGCCUCGAGCAUUUCCUCCACCGCUACGCACCAUCGCGCGCCCCUCUGCCGCCAGCGGCAUGUUGGGGGCGCGGCUGAAGUCAUGGAUGGAAGCUCAGCUGGGCCGGGCGAAGAAGCGUAAGCAGAAGCAAUGCCGGCUCCCAGCAGCGCCAGCGACCAGCCCGUUACCACCCCCGCACCUUUCUUCGCCGGAGAGUGCAUACAGCACUGGCUAUUCUACCGAUGGGACAUCACCAGGAGCGCCGGUAGCGCCUCUUGCAGCGCCUCUGGUCGCUCCACCACCGCCGCCCGCGCCGCCAACGACACAUCUCUACCAUGAACCUGCAAAGCAACGCCGCUCCACCGUCAACUCCCGUCGGUGCGCGCCAGAGCCGGCUCCGGUCUGCGCGACCCCCUCGCCACGGCCGCGCUGCCGCAUCAAGACCAACCCCUGGCUGGGGGCCACGUCACCCAGCCGCCGGCGGGCCCCCCACUUGCUGCACCAGCAGUCGCUGCAGUGCCCCCAGGCUCAGCCGCCGCAGUUGCAUCAUGCACCGUACUCGCUGGAUUCCUACCCUGCGAGAUAUGGGUCAAGGUCACCCAGAUCUCCACACCUAUCCCCGCAUUUGUCCCCGCAUCUAUCUCCGCACCUCUCGCCGCGUCUCUCGCCCCGUCCCUCACCCCGCCGGUCUCCGGAGCCCCACCGGUCUCCGUACUACCGAGGCGGGGCCUCCAGCGACGAGGAAUGCAGGGGCCUGAGGCCCCGGGGCCGGGAGACUGCGAUACUAUCGGAUGCUGAUAUAGAUUCGGACGGAGACACGGGAUUGGAUGGAGGGGAUGAGGAUGAGCCGGAUGAGACCGCCUCGCCUGGCAGGAGGAGGGCGAGGCGACGUAGGCCGCCGCCGAGGCGACCGCCUCGUUCAGCAGGGGCGACACCACCUCGCGUGCGCCGGCGCAACCACGCUCCCUCCGCCCCUCCCGUGCGGGAGCGGGACCCGCUGUUAGAAGCCGACCGGGAGGCCGAGAGGAAGUACCGGGAGCUGAUCAGGGAGGCCGAGAAGCUGCUCGUCACCGUCUCCAGGGCGCCGCUGGAGCCGCCUCACAACCCUCGGGUGAGGGAGCUGAGGGCUACUGAGGUGGAAGCUCCCCGCCGGAGUCCAGAGCGCACACAUAUCACAAACUUCAUGAGGGCCAACUCCCCCGAACCGAGGAGGACCAUGUCUCCCGUCGCCCGCCGCUCCCCCCUCGCCGCGCCCGCCCCCCCGCCCGUGGCCCCCCGGGUGCACCCCCCCUCGCCUACGGAUCGGCCGCACUCGGAACCACCGAAAAGAAAGGCGUAUGCCAGAGAUGAGGUGUUGCAAACGUUAGAAGGGCUGCGCAAGAGUCUCCAGCAACAGUCAGCGUUGUUGGCUGUGCAGCGCACGCGACUCGACUCCCUAUAGCUGCCUCUGGCCAUCAUCUAUCGAAUUUCGA